ACCUGCCACAGAACACCAUUUGUUUUUGUUAUUCUUUGGUGUGCGUAGAGAGAUCUAACUGCCGCGAAAUGCAAAUGUGAGUUUAGGAAACUGUAACAUCCAAUUAAUGAGGGUUAAAGCUCAUAAGUUUCGUAUGGACUGUGUAAACUCGAAUUGAAAUCAAAAUGAUACGCAGCCCAUGAAUAAAUGGUAAUCCGUGGUUUUUGUUUAAACAGGAACAGCAAUGACUAUGAUCUCUUCACUUGCAAUACAUCACCCACUUUUAACCAUACCUGAGGAAGACCAAUCAGCAUGCAGUGAAUGUUCAGUUCCAUCUGACUGUGAUUGUUUUACAGAUGCUCAAAAAUCAAAUGAGAAAAAAAUUACUUAUCAGAACAACAGUACUAAUGUCAUAGGGGAAAACAAGAGACUUUUGUUUCCUGGUACUAGAAAGACAUUGUCAAACAGAAAAAAUAACAAGUGUGAUGAAACUAAAGAUAGUAUUUUUGCUUGGAGGUUAAUGACAAUUAGAGAAAAAUUAGAGGUUACCCUUUUAAAUGUAUAUCUGUCCAUAAGCAAUAUACCAGAACCAGAUGGACUGCAGGAUUUCAUAAGACGACGUCAAAGAGCAGCGGAGUUUACAUCAAGAUUCUGCAGAAAUUAUCUGUAUCAGUUUCAUCGCCAGGUGCUGGCUCUGCAACAUCGACUAAGGGAGAAGUCUUGCUGUGGUCUUCAUUAUAUUUAUAAAGCAUCAAUGUGCCAGAAACUUUUAAAUGCUUAUGAACUGGCACACCUGGCACUGCAGGCAGUUUUGAACCACAUCCCAACUUCAGUAUUAAUGUGCAUACCAAAGAAACUAAGGGAAUUUUUGAAAUUAAUUAUUGAACUUACUGAAAUUUCCUCAAAAUCAGGAGUGAUAUCUUGUGAAAGUGAAGACUCUGGUGAUGAGAUUGCAAAAUAUUGCAGAGAUUUAUUGAUGCUUAUACCUGACUCAAGUGAAAGUUUAAGCAUGCAGAAUGAAACUGACAACAGAAUAUAUGAUAAAAAAACAUUGAGGAACUGUGGAAAAUUUCCUUUGGUGAGCAGAUUCUCUAUGUACAAUGAAAACUCAGCCAUGAAAAGAAAGUCCACAGUAAUGAGAUCUGUUUCAAGUACAAAAAAAUCAGAAGCUUCAGGAAGGGAAAGCAAAACUUCAUUGGAAAGUAAUCAGAGCAGUCACAAGAACAGCCAUUUAUCUCGAUUUAAUGAGACAUCAGUGACAAGACCAAAACCCACAAAAAAUUGUACACGGAAGAAGAAAGAGGAGCACAGCAAACUAGUAGGAAGAGUGUCAGAGAAGAAUCAUGUGCAUACUCCUUUCAAUAUGGACAAUGUCACAACAGUAAUUGAAACAAUAUCUUCAGCUAAAAGUGAGGAAAACUUCACGGACGAGCAUAACCCAGGACUUAAUGAAAAUAUAACCAUAUCUUCAGAACAAAAUACAGAACCAAUAAGUAAUACUGCAACCACAAACUGUCAAAAUAAACUCAAUAACAAAAUGGAAUUUCAGACAAGGAGUAAUGUGAAGCUGAUAAUUCUCCCUCCAUUUGAAGAAUCAGACAAAAUUUCUGGUGGAAGAACUGAAGGGUAUACACCCUCACAAGCAACUAGGCAUACAGAAAAAGAGUUUGGGAAUAAUGUUUGCAAUGUUCUGAUUGAUUCAGGGCCUGCCCAAAAUAUUCAAGAUGAUCAGAUGAUGUUUCCAGUUGAGCAUACCCAUCAAUCUCCCAUGAAAGAUUAUUCACAGGAUGUCUCUUUGCCACUGCAAAGUUCAUUUGAACCUUUGCACUUGGAGAAAAUGGUAACAUAUACAAAAGGCUGUAACCAUACACAGGAUACUGGACCUAAGCCUUUGAAAGAGACAUUCACUGCAGAUGUUACUGAACUGGAAGGAAAGAAAUCUGUUAUGUUAGAUCCACCAGAUAACACAUUAAAUUUGGAGAAAAUGACAACGUACACAAAUGAAGAUGACUCUUAUUUGCUAGGACCAACUACUGUAUCAGGUCAAGGCUCCAGCCCCAAGCAUUUAAGCAGUAUGUCCGAACCAGAGACUCAUGCAGAGCAUCAAGGAAAUGGGUCUGAGCCAUCAGACACAAUAAAUAAAAUUAAUACAGAUAUUACUCAAAAUGUAGUGUCAUUGAAAAUACCUGCAGCAGAAUUAGAAUGUAUACUGGACCACAAAAGAAGAUUUAUGCAAUAUAUGAACAAUAAUCCUCUCUACAUGAAUUCAGCCAAACCUUGGCUAAUUGUGUCGAGGUUGGCAGAUACUUUGAUUUCUGAUGUAAUGCUUGAAAUUAUGAGUGAAAUUGAACUUGAAACUGAUAAAACAGUAACACAGAUGUUUCAUUUGGAACUCCAGUGAAGCACCCUUUGAUUGUCUGUAAGACCUGAAUUUCAAGGUUUUUUUCUGCCACAGCAUUUCAGUGUUAAUAUGAAUGUCAGUGAUAUAAAGAAAAUAAUUUGAGAGUAUCUUUACUAUUUGUUGUACCUUCCAUUUCCUUAAUAUCUUUUUCCCUUCAUCUACCUCUACUCUGUUAUCUUAUUUAGAAAAAACUGAUUGUGUGAUUUUAAUUUGACAUCCCCCCCCCCUUUCUCUCUCCCUGUUCCUUCCUGUCAUUCUUUGAGAUAUUUUGGUUUCUCUUGGCUUGGCUUCCGCCCCAUCAGAAUGUACAUUCCAUGGUGAAAAAAUCUGGAGAUUUGCAGAUACAUACACAUGCAGUGUGCAGUGACUCACCUUAGUGCAUGUCUCUACUUAGUUUUAUUGUAAUUGUUUACCACAACUUAAAAUUUUUAUCUUUGUGUUGCCCGUUGUAUGAGGACUGGGGGAGCUAACAGCUGAUAUGAAACAUAGACUUUCCAAUUUUAAAUCUUUGCCUUCAGUUUGUACGAUACUUGUAACAUAGUGGAUAAUCAUUUGCACAGGGCUUUAAGUCCAUUUAAAAUGUUUCCAUCUAUUACUAUCUGGUAUGCAUGAAAGUUCUCUUCUAUGGUGAAAUUUAGUAGAAGCUAUAGUGCAUUUUAUUUUUGUUUAUAUUUUUUGAAUCUAAUCCGUUAUUGGUGAUUAUGCCAAAUUCACUGUUCAGCAGAUACU